AGCGGCUGCAUUAUGGGGGUUGUAGUUCCCAACCGCCACUGUCCUCACAUUCACACCACUCACCAAAUAGUCGCUCCUGUUUUUACAUUUCACAAAAAUCUGGCCGCAGUUCUGGAAACAAUAUGUUGAAUUCCUCACUAGUAAUGAAAUAAUGUGUUAAAUGUGUGCAAAAGGCCAUCAAUUGGCGACUCUACGGCAAUCGGGUCGGGCAGCGUGAAGAUGGAGAGCGUGUUGAAGAAGGAGCUGAACACAACUCGGUUGAAAACGCUGGGAUUCGCGGGGGGCGGCUGUAUCAGCCAAGGGCAGAGUUAUGAAACGGAUUCUGGAAGAGUCUUUGUCAAAGUCAAUCACAAAAACCAGGCAAAAACAAUGUUUGAUGGUGAGAUGGCAAGUCUAGAGGCCAUCUUGAAAACAAAUACCAUUAAAGUGCCAAGGCCCAUGAAAGUGAUCAGUCUGUCGGAUGGUGGAUCGAUGUUUAUUAUGGAGCACCUGGAUAUUCACAGUUUAAGCAAAUACAUGGCUAAAUUGGGAGAAAAACUGGGAGAUCUGCAUCUUCAUAAUGCAAAACAUAAGGAACAGCAACAACGAGAAGCACAGACUAUUGGCAAGGGGCCAGCGCAGUCUGAAAUUCAGUAUGUGGACAAGUUUGGAUUUCAUACUAUUACCUGCUGUGGUUACAUUCCACAGAACAACGACUGGCAGAAUGACUGGAUAAAUUUCUUUGCUCGGCAACGACUUCAGUUCCAGAUGGAUUUAAUUGAAAAAGAAUAUGGUGACCGUGAGGCCAGGGAGCUGUGGUCAAAGCUCCAGUUGAAUAUACCUGCUCUGUUUCACGGCAUAGACAUUACACCUGCUCUUCUUCACGGAGACCUAUGGGGAGGAAAUAUUGGACAAGUAGAAGAUGGGCCAGUCAUUUUCGAUCCUGCAGCAUUCUAUGGCCACUCUGAGUAUGAGCUCGGAAUAUCUGGAAUAUUCGGAGGGUUUAACUCUGCCUUCUAUACAGCAUAUCAUAACAAAUUCCCCAAAGCUCCAGGGUUUGAGAAGCGAGUUAAACUUUAUCAGCUCUUCCAUUACUUGAAUCAUUGGAAUCACUUUGGGACGGGUUAUAGAGGAUCCUCAAUAAGCAUUAUGAAAGCUUUGGUGAAGUAGUGUUAUUAAUGACAAUCCCAGUGUUAUAUCGAAAAAGGAGUAAACUAGUAUGUAAUCUACUGAUCUUUUGACAUUUGUUUUGGAAUGUGAAUUAAAAAAAUAUUAACUGAACACAAUUUCAUUAUAGAACAUAAUUUAGUCAUAAUUUCACUAUUUAAAAUGAUAAUGUAGUUGUAGGGUAGAAAAUGUGUGCUAAUUUAAUAGAUUAUUUAAUUUAAUUUUGUUUAGAUAUAUUCAACAUUGCUCUAUGCUUUGAUAGAUAAAUGACCACCUAGGUAGGAGCUGUAGAUCUUGGAGCAAGACCAAAUUAGCAGCAUAUAUUUGAAAUAGCAAACAAAAGUACAAAUAGCAUUCUUGAUUAAAAGAUUCUUAUAAUCAAUAAUCUUAAACAGGAUGUAAUUGUGUGUAUCGCUGAGGAUUCCUAUUAGAAAACUGAAUCUAUUGUAUAAAUACAGAUAUUGAGACAAUUAAAUAGCAACAACUGUAUAUAAAGUAUUUCCUUUUUAAUGUAUCAUUAUAUCUUAAACAGCUUCACUAAAGAACACUAAAAUAUUGUUUGCAUACUUUAAAGGCAGCAUUUCCAGUAGCAGUUCAACUUUUUAUCAAGAGAAUUGUUUUCUCCUGAUUUCCGAGAGUUUUCAGAUAGCUUCUGACCUUUCAGAGAGAAACAGUGGAACGAAUAAUACUGCGCCAUCCUUGGAUUCUCACAUUAAAAACAAAAUUAUAAAACUAA